GUCGGGCAAUGAAUAUCGAUUUACGAUCUAUUUUGCCUACGGUACCUUCUACGUCUUGAACGGGUUUGCGACCGCCCUUCUCCGGAGCAACUACCGAGAGAAGCACCAUCUGCGACGGGAGUUGCGCCGAUUCGAUCUAAACCAGGUCUCAUGUAUGCACGAGUUCGACCGAACGUUCAUUUAUUCUGCGAUCUCGAAGUGGUACGGGAGCAAGGAAGCCUUCACGGAGUUCGUAAGGCAGGACCUGCGGCAGGAUUUGGAACCUAGCCUGGCCAAGCGCUUUCCCUUCAAAUACCUUCUUCUCCUGAUGGCGGCUUUGGUGUCCACCAGCAUGGAGUUCUUCGUGGCCAUGUGGAAGGGGGGGGCCCCCUUUGAGUCUUUGCUGUCCUUUGCAUUGGCGAUUCUGUUGGGGGUGGAUGUUUUCGUCGCUACGUGCCUCUCUGUGACCAUGAACUACCUCACGGAUCGCUUUGCUGCCCGUCGUUUUGGCCGCUUUGACCAUGUGCAGACAUUUCUGAUCAUUUCGUUUAUCGCUGCCUUUUUCUACUACUCGAACAAUCUUGCAGUGGCGGCCUACGCCUCCAGCCUGGAGCAUUGCAUCCUCUUC